UUCGUCAUUGAGCCCUCCCUCGAGAUCACGGAAGUUUCAACUGGUGUCCUACACAACUUUCUUUUCCCUCAGGGAGUAUAUUUUCAGCUGUCGUCAGCCUGACAGGAAAAACGGCAGGUUUUUGUUUUAAACCAAGAGCACUUUGAUUAAAGUCAGCAUUCCUUUAUUUUUUAUUUUCUUUUAGAGCAAAGAGUUAGCGUUUGGAAUUUUUGUUUUGUUUUGUUUUAAAGACAAACACUGUCAUUGGCUAUUGGCUUUGAGAAAUAAUUUGUAAAAGUACCUGCUCUGUGCCAGCAAGAACACACCAUGGCCAAGCGAGUUGCAGUGAUCGGAGCUGGUGUGAGUGGCCUGUCCUCCAUCAAAUGCUGCUUAGAUGAAGACCUGGAGCCCAUCUGCUUUGAAAGAAGUAGUGACAUUGGCGGACUGUGGAAGUUUACUGAAACAUCUAAAGAUGGGAUGACUAGGGUCUACAAGUCACUAGUGACAAAUGUCUGCAAAGAAAUGUCAUGUUACAGUGACUUCCCUUUCCAAGAAGAUUAUCCUAAUUUCAUGAACCAAGAAAAAUUUUGGAACUACCUCCAAGAGUUUGCUGAGUACUUCGACCUUCUGAAAUACAUUCGGUUUAAGACCACCGUGCGCAGCAUAACAAAGCGUCCUGACUUCUCUGAAACUGGUCAAUGGGAUGUUGUCACAGAGACAGAGGGGAGGCAGGACAGAGCUGUCUUUGAUGCUGUCAUGGUUUGCACUGGACACUUCCUGAAUCCUCAUUUACCUCUCGAGUCAUUUCCUGGAAUCCAUAAGUUUAAAGGCCAGAUCCUACACAGCCAAGAGUACAAGAUCCCAGCAGGCUUUCAGGGCAAACGCAUCUUAGUGAUUGGUCUUGGAAACACUGGAGCAGACAUUGCCGUGGAGCUCAGUCGAACCGCAGCUCAGGUACUUCUCAGUACUAGAACUGGUACCUGGGUUAUCAACCGCUCUUCAGAUGGGGGCUACCCAUUUAAUAUGAUGGUUUUAAGAAGACACCACAACUUUAUUGCACAAGUUCUGCCCUCCUGUAUUCUGAAGUGGAUUCAAGAGAGGCGCCUCAAUAAAAGAUUUGACCAUGUGAAUUACGGAUUAAAUAUUACUAAGGGGAAAAAACCAAAAAUGAUUGUGAAUGAUGAGCUGCCAACCUGUAUCCUCUGUGGGACAGUCACUAUUAAAACCAGCCUGAAGGAGUUCACAGAAACCUCUGCUGUCUUUGAAGACAGGACAGUGGAAGAAAACAUUGAUGCUGUGAUCUUCACUACAGGAUACACAUAUUCUUUUCCCUUUUUUGAAGAACCUCUCAAAACCCUUUGUACAAAGAAGGUAUUCCUAUAUAAGCUGGUCUUUCCCGCAAACCUAGAGAAGACAACAUUAGCUAUGAUUGGCUUCAUCCACCUUACAGGAUCCAUCUUAGCAGGCACAGAGCUCCAAGCGCGAUGGGCCACAAGAGUAUUCAAAGGACUCUGUAAGAUACCACCAUCUCAAAAACUGAUGGCUGAGGCUAUGAAGAAGGAGCAGCUCAUAGAAAGGGGUUUGAUGAAAGAUGCCAGUGCAGACAAACUUGACUACAUUUCCUACCUGGAUGACCUCGCUUCCUUCAUAGGCGUAAAGCCCAACAUCCCACUUCUGUUCAUCAAGGAUCCCAGACUAGCAUGGGAAGUUUUCUUUGGACCAUGUACUCCUUACCAGUAUCGCCUAAUGGGCCCCGGGAAAUGGGAUGGAGCCCGAAAUGCCAUCUUGACCCAAUGGGACAGGACACUGAAACCCUUAAAAACUCGAACCAUUCCUGGUUCCUUCAAACCUGCCUCCAUGUCACAUUAUUUGAAAGCCUGGGGGGUACCUAUACUGCUUGCUUCCCUUCUGCUGAUCUACAAAUCUUCCAUUUUUUUGAAAUUGGUUCCAGAAAAACUACAGGACAGAAUAUCCCCUUACUUAAUAAGUAUUCGGUGAGGGUAAAUCUGAUGGGUGAUGAGGAUUGGCCCCAGUCAUAUUAAUUCUGUUCCCAAAUAUCUUGUGUUUCCCCUCUCCUCUCCAUCAUAGCUGGUAUCAUCCAAGUUUAGGUCUAAUCAUCUCUUACCUGAAUUAUCAUUCUAUCUUCCUCUUAAGUCUCAGUACCUCCUUUCUUGCCUCCUUUACCUAAGCAAUUGUUCUAAAAUAAAAAAUACUGUCAUUGUUUCCAUCAAGAUCCUAGUAGGAACAAGACAGAACUCAAAUUAGGUAAUUUGUGGAAACUUUAUAUAAAGAUUAUGUCCAAUGGUUUGAGCAGAGGGUAGGGAAAUCAUAAGUAGAAUGAAAUACUCCCAGACUAGUAACCGUGAGAUGCUUUUACCAUCCAUAGUUUUUCUAAAGAGGCAAAGGGAGAACAAAUAUGAAUAAGAGAGUGAGGUUAUGUGGAGAGGACCACCUCUCAAGAGCUGUGAUCGCCAGCUCACCACUGAAGGCAGUCCAUGGUGACCCCGAAAGUACAGAGCUAGGGAAAUUCAUUGCCUAAUCUUACGUUCUUCCUUCCCUCUGAUCUUCUGCCCAUGCUUCUCAAUGGCCUAACCCAACUAAAAUUCAGAAGGCAAGGUUACUGACUAUUGUGGAUUUAAUUGCAUUCAUUCCCCCCAAAAUAUAGUCAAGUUCUAACCUCUGGUACCUGUGAACUUACUUGGAAAUAGGAUCUUUGAAAAUGUACAUAAGUUAAAAAUAAGAUCUUUGCAAAUGUACAUAAGUUGAGAUCAUACUGAAAUAGGGUGAACUAGAUCCAAUAUAAAAAAAGGAUCCUUAUGAAAAGAGGAUAAAGCUACUGUCUGGUGAUCUAGUGACUAAUUAGACUCCAGGCUCCCAAUGCAGGGGGCCCAGGUUCGAUCCCUGGUCAGGGAAUUAGAUCCCUGAAGAUCAACUGAAGAUCUCGCAUGCUGCAACUAAGACCCAGUGCAGCCAAAUAAAUAAAUUUUUUAAAGAGAGAGAGAGGCUAAGACACAGAGACAUAGUCACAGUGGAGAAUACCAUGUGAAGUCAGGCAGAAGUUGGAAUGAUGUAUCUACAAAGCAAGGAUCGCCAAGCAAGCAAACACUGAAAGAGACACAGAACAGAUUCUCUCUCAAAAUCCACAGAGGAAAAGGCCCCACCAACAACAAGUCCAGACUCCUAGCCUCCAGAAUUGUGAAAGAAUGAGCCACCCACUUUGCUAUGGCAAUCUUAGGAUAUGAUACACCAACUGAUGUUUCCUGUGGAGGUCAGCCUCCUAGGCCACAGUGCAGAGCAAAGGUGAUGGAGAGUGUAUGUGGAAGGACAACCAGAAAGGAUCCAGAGCAGACAUGUUGCUUUCCAGUUUAAAAAUCCUGCAAAGUUUCUCCCUGGAUUAGAGAUAAUAAAUUCCUUAGCCUUGAAGAGGAGACUCUUCCUGAUCUGAGUCCAUUUGCCCAGGUCACCGGAAUCCUGAGCUGUAACCACUCCUCCUCUUCAAAAUCCUACCAUCUAGCCCUCAUACCUCCUCACUUUGGCAUAAGCUGUUGCCUUUUCCAGCUAUGCAAAUUCACACCUGACUGUCUUUCUAGGGUGAGCUUGAUUAUCUCCCUUUGUGAAGCCUUCUCUGAGUCCCCAAAGCAGAGUUGACUGCCACUACAUAAUGACUGGGCUUCCCUGGUGGUCCAGAUGGUGAAGAAUCUGCUCGCAAUGCAGGAGAUUCAGAUUCAAUUCCUGGAUUGGGAAGAUUCUCAGGAGAAGGGCAUGGCAACUCACUCCAGUAUUCUUGCUGGAGAAUUCCAUGGGCAGAGGAACCUGGUGGGCUACAGAUCAUGGGGUUGCAGAAGAGUUGAACAUGACUGAGUAACUAACACUUCCACUUUCUUUCAUUUUUCAUGACUGCCAUCUCACAUACUACUCCAUCAUUGUUCUGAUCUUACAAUAACAUUAAUGUAAUUCUCUUUUUGUGUCCAUCUCCUAAUAAAUGGUGGGUUCUUGAGAGGAACCAUCAUCUUGUCCAGCUAAAACACUGCCUGAUAAAAAUACUGCAAAAUAAAUAUUUGAUGACUAAACAGUG